AUGUCAACUGAGUCAUACCGUACAGCUGUGGCGGGUCUUCCUGUGGCGCCACCCCCACAAGUUGUUGAAAUCGGCGAGAUCGACUAUGAGGCCUUGCCGGAAAACGCUUCUCUUUCUGCGCAUCUUGUGGCUGGUGCUUUAGCUGGGACUAUGGAGCAUGCGGUGAUGUAUCCCGUGGAUUCUCUCAAAACUCGUAUUCAGACCUCUCUGAUGAUGGGGACCACCCAGGCCUCGAAACAACUCGGUGGUGUCAUCUCCAGUUGCGUAAAGAUCGUCUCCCAGGAAGGUAUCUAUUCUCUUUGGCGUGGGUCUUCCUCCAUCAUUCUUGGCGCGGGUCCGGCGCACGCGGUAUACUUUGGUGUCUACGAGUUGGCCAAAGAAGCCUUGAUCGAUGAGCGUAAGAGACACGAUCACAAUCCUGUCCAGGUGGGUGUUGCGGGAGCUGCUGCUACAAUCACCUCUGAGCUCUUCAUGAACCCGUUUGACGUUGUCAAGCAGCACAUGCAGUUACAAACCCUGGCCAAGUCCUCUUUCAUCAACACCACCAAACACAUCUACCAACACGAGGGACUCAAGGCGUUCUACUUGUCUUACCCAACCACAUUGGCAAUGACCGUCCCCUUCACCGUGUUGCAGUUCACGAUAUACGAUUCCACCUUGAAGGUGUUGAAUCCCGGGUUGGUGCAUAAUCCGUUCAUGCACUGUAUUGCUGGUGGUGUGGCCGGUGGGUUGGCCGCUGCGAUCACCACUCCCUUGGACUGUGUCAAGACGUUGUUGCAAGUGAGAGGUGAGUCUACCGACCCGAGAGUCAUGACCGCUGACAGUAUGUGGAAGGGUGCCAAGGCUCUUUACGCAAUCGACGGGAUGAAUGGGUUCUGGAAGGGGUUGAGGCCAAGAAUCGUGUCCAACGUGCCGUCCACGGCGUUAUGCUGGACCGUUUAUGAAAUGGCCAAGUACUAUUUGAUGCUGGCGGACAAGAAGCCAGAAUUGAAGCUUGCCUGA